AUGAUUUUACGCUUAUUUAGAUUUUUGGUAGGAGGAACACUUGCUACCGGAGGCGCUGCACUGCUCGCCUUGUACAUUUAUCAGAACAGGCUUAUAUAUCCUUCAUGGGCAGAAGGUGCUCGAGACUUUGUCGAUACUCCCGAUAAAUACGGACUUCCUUACACAGAGCACCAUAUCAAGACUGCAGAUAGCAUAGAGAUUAGAGCUUACGAUAUAAGAAAUGAAAAGUCGAAUGUGACAUGGUUGGUACUAUGUCCAAAUGCUGGAAACAUCGGCUACUUUUUGUCAGCUGCAGAAUUGAUAUAUCGUCGGUUUAACGCCAGUGUCUUCAUUUAUUCCUACCGUGGCUAUGGUUACUCUCAAGGAGUGCCCUCUGAAAGCGGCCUCAAACUUGACGCAGACGCUGUCAUGAAGUUUUUGCAGCAGGACUCUUUUUACAAGACCCAAAAGCUAUUGCUCUACGGGAGAUCUCUGGGCGGUGCGAAUGCCAUCUACAUUGCCAGAAAAUAUUCCCAUGUCUGUGAUGCUGUUAUACUGGAAAACACCUUCUUGAGCAUACCGAAGGUCAUCCCCCAUAUGUUCCCAUUGCUCUCAUCAGUUUCCUUCCUAUGCCACGAAAAAUGGAACUCUGAGCGAGAAAUGAAAGAAACAGAUCCUACUUUACCAUGGCUUUUUCUUUCAGGUCAAAAAGAUGAAAUAGUUCCACCACAGCACAUGCAGCAGCUAUACAAUGACUGUCCUAGUGAACGGAAACGCAUUUACCUUUUCCCCAAGGGACACCACAAUGAUACUAUCAUCCAAGAAGGUUAUUGGGAGCAAAUUCACAGGUUUUUGACGGACUACGUAUGA